AUAACAACAAAAUGGUCAACUAUGAUGCGCAAGAGGGGUUCUCAGUUACUUCGACUACAGUGGUGGAUACUGCUGUAACAAGAGUAACACAAAAUUCAGAAAACUCUUUAAUUCUAACGAAUAAAAAACUUAACAAUGAACGGAGUGAAAACAAGGACAAAGAAUAUAAUACUAACAAAACAAUGGUGUGGACAUCUAAAUCCCAGUUAUCUCCAUAUUUAUUAUCACCUACAUCCAGUAUAUUGAGUUUAGAGGUGGUCAAUUUUCAUCACGCAGGUAACUACACUUGUGCUCCUUCGAAUGCCAGAGCAGUAAGUAUUACUGUGCACGUUCUAAGAGGGGAAAUUCCGGCUGCAAUGCAACAUGCCAAUCACAGUAACUUUGAAAGUGACAACAAUAAUAACAGUUUCACUGGAUCGAAAUUUCCUAAUAGUGGGAAUAGCUGUCACCGUACUUUCUUUCUCAAAGAAAUACCAAGUCUGGAAACAAAGUACUACUACUCCAUAAUUUCUGAAAAUAAAAUAGAAGUAUUGUUUUAUAUUAUCAAGUCAAUUGUAAUAUUGUUGCGCAAUUUAAAGUGUUAAAGGAAUAAA